ACGAAGAGUCUACUGAAAGGCUCAGCAAUUUAGCCGUCACGUUUACGGCAAAUACAGAGCUGAACCAAUGACCUGAAGAAUUUCGUGCCUGAGCCUGACCUUGUGCUUUUGGUAGUCAUUUGAAAGAGCGACUUUUCACGAUUAUGGAAACCCCAAAAUGACCCACUCUCCCGUCGAAACUGUAACGGUAAACCCCCAAAACGCUGGUCACGUAAUCUUUUCUGACGUUUGCUGUUUGCCUGAACGUGCAAAUUAAAUCAUAAUUGAUCCCAGUCAUCCCCCUCACAAAAAUCCUGGAACCGCCCCUGAAUUUAUAGCUAUCGGCAACCUGUGCCACUGGUAGAGUGCCUUAUGUUAACCUGUGCCACUGGUAGAGUGCCUUAUGUUAACCUGUGCCACUGGUAGAGUGCCUUAUGUUAACCUGUGCCACUGGUAGAGUGCCUUAUGUUAACCUGUGCCACUGGUAGUGUGCCUUAUGUUAACCGUUUGGGACUAUAUUGAUUAGAAAGCUCGGUUACAUUCAUUUUAAUUUAUGACCACACAUCAUGAAUAUCAAGUGUCCACAGUUCAUGUAUUCUGGUCAACUAUUAAAGUCAAAACCUUUAAGCCGCGGCUACACGAGUGCCGGUUUUUUGCUUGCGCAKGCGCCGCGAUUUUCUCAAAAUCACAAGCGCACGAUGUGGCUACACGAGCGACAAUGAUGUAUCGAUCAAAAAAUCCUCAACAAUACUUAUUUGAAUCUCAAUAAAGAGGUAUAUGUACAAAAACAGCUAAAAAUUCGAUGUUCAUCUUUCAUCGUACCCGACAAUCGCGUCGCCUGCGCAAGCGAAAAGUCGCUCGUAUAGCCGCGGCUUUAGAGAUGAGCAAAGAAAAUUCUUGCACACAAAAGUUACCGGUAUAGUCUGAAUUGAAGCAUGGAAUUAUCAUUUCACUGAUUAUUUCACAUUGAUGAAGAUGAAAGAACUUCGACAUCAUUCAGUCUUGCAAGGAGAAACAUAAUCAAAGGCCUCUAAGAUUAUAUGAAUCAUAUAUACCACUGAGGAAACAGCAAACCGUAAAAAGUAUGAAAAAUAACUUACUGGCGCUUCCACGUUAGUCUUUCGUCAGAGUAAAGUAGUAAACCGCUGAGCUAAGUGUUUAUAUAAUGAAAUGAGGAAAAAGUAGAGUAAUAGGAGCAAGGUAGRCAUGGUAACGAGAAAUAAACAAACGUAGCUCCCACUAGUUUUACCGCUAAUUCCUACAUUUUUAUCUCAUACAUUUUUUCAAUUAACAUACUAUUUGUUCUAUUUCAAGAUGUUCAGUUGAUGAAUACUCUUACACUGUGGGGAUGUUAGCACCUGCGAUGCUAAUCAUCGUUGUGUUGAGUUUCAUGAAGAAAAGAGUGCGAUUAAGACCUGACCUGUUGAAUGGUCGACCUGGACUACCCAUACCAGUCAACUUCUUGGGAAAAGAAAGGAACAGGUUGAUUAUUGUACUUGCUUUUGGUGCUACAACAUCUUCAUUAUUGGAGAUGUUUCUUUAUUCGACCUUACUUGGUAUCAACAUCACUGCUACCAGGAAUAUUCCAGAUACAUCAUACGGAAAAGCGUUUAGAGGAAUCCUCAUGUCAUUGUUGUACUUCAUCAUAAACUACCCAUAUUUGGCAUGUCUCAAUGCUGAGUACAGAAUGAUYGGCUACAUCCUGGGCUUCUUCUAUACUCUCAUAAGAUUCAUUGUUGRUGCGGUUGUGAUUUUUGCCUGCUCACCUGCUGCUGAUCAGGUCAGUAUGCACAGGGACCGCGGAGCUUGA